AUGAACUCCACAAACGACAUAAUGAUGGAGAUAGAGGGAAACAAACCAGCAGGAAAUGGGUUAGUAGUGGGAGGUUUGAGUCCUCUCAGUGAGACCCUUUGGAGAGAGAAGACGAACACUGAGUUCGUAGGAGAUGUGUCCGCAAGACUCACUUGGAAGGAUCUGACUGUAAUGGUGAGUAUGAGCAAUGGAGAGACCCAAAAUGUUCUGGAGGGACUUACUGGUUAUGCUGAGCCUGGAAGUUUCACUGCCCUCAUGGGCCCUUCUGGUUCUGGCAAAUCUACACUGCUUGAUGCCCUCUCUAGUCGCCUUGCUGCUAAUGCUUUUCUCUCCGGCACAAUUCUCCUCAAUGGCCGGAAAACUAAGCUCUCUUUUGGGACUGCAGCAUAUGUAACACAAGACGACAACUUGAUUGGUACUCUGACAGUUCGGGAAACUAUUUCAUAUUCAGCUCGGCUGCGUCUCCCUGAUAGGAUGCCUUGGUCGGAGAAGCGGGCAUUGGUUGAGAGCACCAUCAUAGAAAUGGGUCUUCAGGAUUGUGCUGAUACAGUUAUUGGGAAUUGGCACUUGCGUGGAAUCAGUGGAGGAGAAAGGAGAAGGGUCAGCAUUGCCCUUGAAAUUCUGAUGAGGCCCAGAUUGCUUUUCCUUGAUGAGCCAACAAGCGGACUUGACAGGUUAAGCAUUCAGAUCCUCCUCCUACCUUCUUUAAUACUAGUGCAACCUAUUAUAAACAUUGCAGAUAUAUAG